AUGGAGGAGAGAGAAGAUGAUCGAAUCAGUGCUUUGCCGGAUUGCUUGCUUCUUGAAAUCCUCUCUCGUUUACCAUCCAUAAAACGCACCAUUAGAACAGGUACACUCUCCAAACGAUGGAAACAUCUUUGGACUUCAGUUCCUACUCUCUGUUUCAAUGACUAUACACGUACACUUUCCGAUUUCAUUUCAUCCGUUGACAAAACCCUAACUCAAUGUCAUCAACUGAAGCUCAAGAAAUUCCUUGUGUGUACCACUUAUGAUACUCAAUAUGUAUCGCAAGUGAACAGUUGGAUUCGUUAUGCUAUAAGUUGUAAGGUUGAAGAUUUUAGUUUAACGUUAUGGAAUACGAAAUUUGAAGCUGAGUUUCUGUUAGAACAAAUUUUUUUCAUUAGUUCAUCUUUUACCGAUCUGACAUUAAGAGGCUGCAUAUUCAAUCCGAUUGGGGCGAUCAAUUGGAAAAAUCUUAGAAAUUUGUGUAUAACUUGGGGGAAUUUACAUGAAGAUUUGAUUGAAAAUAUAUUAUCCGGGAGUCCUGUAUUGGAAACUUUGGUGUUGAGAUAUUGCUAUGGUUAUAGGCGGCUAGAUAUUACUUCGAAGAGCGUUAAGAACUUGGUGUUCUCCGGAUACAUGAUUCCUGAUGAUGAUGACGAUGAUGCUAACUAUAUUAUCGAAAUCAAUGCUCCUAAUAUUUUGUCACUAACAAUUGAAGAUGAUGUUGUGUUGUGGAGGCUUUUGUUGCUAAACAUGUCUUCUUUAGUCGAAGCUAAUUUAGACUAUGCAAAUAUGGGGCAUAAUGAGAUAAUACCUGAAGAGGCGGAAGAAGAGAUGCUUAAAGGAUUAUUACUAAAGCUUCGCCAUGUCAAGGAGCUUAAAAUUGGAGAUUUAUGUUCGGAGGUUUUGUCUCGUUUGGAAGCAAAAGGUUUCAUUUUUCCAUCAAAUAUGAAGUUUCCUGAUGUCAUUCCACCUUUAUGCUCUUAUAGUAAUUCGAAUGAGAUUGAAAGGUGCUCUUGCUUGGCCAUGGUCCUAAAAUUGAUGUGCUUAAUUGAUUGAUGACAUUUGAACUUAUCUUCGGGUACUUUUGUUAUUGUGAAUUAUUUUCAUCUCUUUUUUAACUUUUGUGGAGUUUCAUUGUGCCGAGAUGUUAUGUUAAAAAAAUCAAC